AAUUCUUCCGAGACUUCAAGUCCUUCACUACCUACACAAGACACGCCACAAGCGGAGGCGGACCACGAUGAGCGCAGCAUGGCAGGAGAGUCGGCGGAUGCAGACCUUGACGAGCGCGGGAUGUCGGAAGAGCCGCGGUUAAUUGACUCGAGGGAAAAUUUUAUGAGGAGCUUCACCAGACAUCAAUAUGACAUACCUGAUCAUGUAAGCAGAAAUCCACUCGGUCUACUUACCGAAUACAGGGAGUUCUUUAUACGGGAAAUUAGAUCAUAUUUCACGUCACACGGCUCGCCAUUCCCCCCCACCCUGAAAAUAUUUUCACACAUUUCUCUGUUACUAGUGAAAUUCUCUACCUUAGGCGAGGAUGAACAUCGAGUCAUUCAUAUUGCUUUUAGAGCACGACUGAUCACCUAUCAAGAUGUGCCUGACCUUGUUGAUUUAUGGAUCCAUCAGCUGAACAGUCGGCUGGAAAGCCUUACCAGCGAGACUGAAGGAUCUGGUUUUAUCAUUUCAAGAGUUCAGAAUUUUUUCAUCAACUAUUGCUUGCACGUCGCAUGUAGUGGCAUAGGAGAUUAUGUUGCUUAUCCUAGAGGCGUGCGAGGAGGGAAUGAAAUUUUCAAUCCUGAUGGCCGACAUUCAUCCUGUGUUAUUCAGUGUUUGGCGGCUUUCAGACUUCAUGCUCGAGGUGUACCUUGGAAAAGAAUUCCAAAAAUAUUACGGAGACGGCAUGGCGGAGAGAAAUACGUCACGCGCGGAAAAGUAGGCAGUCCAGUGACUUGGGAGAACUUGAGUCAGUUAGAAAGGUUAAAUUGUCUGUCUCUGGACGUUUAUACACUGACAAAAAGCGGUGAGAUAUACUAUUUAACAUUAUCAAGAAAAGGCUCGCGGAAGUAUAAAACUGUAGUCUCACUCCUUUUACUAGGUGGAAAACAUAUGACGCUCAUUAAAGACGUGGAGAAGCUGCACCGGAAAUUGACGAGAAGCAGCCCCACCCCAAAGGGUCAUCAGUUUUGCAAAUCGGACGUCGAAGCCUCAUCUCCAAGAAUGGAGCAAGCUAACAAACGUUUCAUCUUGAGAACUGCGGGUGAGUACGCCAUUACCUUGCACGGCAUCUGA